AUGGUCGGUUACAUACGGGAGGCCCAACAACCACAGCAUCAUGAACUACUCCCCUGUGCACGUCACCGAGCAAGACAUUCGAGAAUUUCAGUCUUUCUACUUCGAUACAAUGACCGCCUUAUAUGGUCGCCCGGUCCGCAUCUACGCCCCAUGCAAAUCUGUGUAUCCGCGUGUCAACAAUCUCGGUUUCGUCAUGCCCUUGUUCGCAGCGCUCUCUGCUUUGGUCUGGCCAAGGUCUGUCCCGGAUGUCUUGAAGCCUCACGCUUAUGUGGAAGUCCCCUAGGGGGCGAUUUUCUAUUUAGCAUGGGGUCAUGGUUAUGGUGGUUGGGGACGUUUUGA